AUGCAUGUGCAUACAGUGGCAUUUGUCGUGGGUAUAACUAGCCAAGUCAAACCCAAAUAUUACUUCAUCCUUCGAAUGAAGAACUUUCUUACAACGGCACGUUACUGUGACCUCUCUCCUAUAAAAGCAGACCCAAGCCCUCACGAACAAUCACAAAACACUGGCAUCCUCACUACUUUCGAAAUCCGAAACCAAUGCCCUUACGCCGUUUGGGCUGCAGCUGUUCCUGGUGGUGGCCAAGGACUCGACCGGGGCCAAUCAUGGACCAUUGACGUGAAUGCCGGGACAAAAGGUGCCCGUAUUUGGGCACGGACCAACUGCAAUUUUGAUGGGGCUGGGCGAGGGAGGUGUGAGACGGGUGAUUGCAAUGGGCUCUUACAAUGCCAAGCCUACGGUCAACCCCCUAACACACUGGCUGAAUAUGCCUUAAACCAAUUCAACAACUUAGACUUCUUUGACAUCUCUCUUGUUGAUGGCUUUAAUGUUCCUAUGGACUUUAGUCCAGUAUCAGGCAACUGCCGUGGAAUUAGGUGCGCAGCUGAUAUCAAUGGACAGUGCCCAAAUCCGCUCAGGGCACCGGGAGGCUGCAACAAUCCGUGCACUGUUUUUAAGACUGACGAAUACUGUUGCAAUUCUGGGAAUUGUGGCCCAACAGAUUACUCAAGGUUUUUCCAGCAGGGGUGCCCUGAUGCUUACAGUUAUCCCAAAGAUGACCAAACAAGCACCUUCACUUGUCCUGGUGGGACUAAUUAUAGGGUCACAUUCUGCCCUUGA